UGUCAGUGAUAAAUUGAAUAGACUGUUUGGUCGCAAGAAGCCUGUACACCAUGUUCUUGGGGGAGGCAAAUUGGCUGAUGUGCUACUAUGGAGGAACAAGAAAAUCUCAACCAGUGUUUUGGCUUCUGCCACAAUUAUGUGGAUGUUGUUUGAAUGGCUUGACUAUCACCUCCUUACAUUUGUUUGCUUUGCUUUGAUUCUAGGAAUGUUUAUACAGUUUCUCUGGACUCAUACUUCAGGCCUGGUGACCAGGUCUCCAUCACAAGUUCCACAUAUUGUUUUGCUAAAAGAAGUGUUUGUCGGCAUAGCAAAGACCGUAGGGGCUGAAGUCAACCGUGGUUUGGGCUUCCUUCAAAACGUCGCGUGUGGUGGAACUCCCAAGCACUUCCUAGUUGCUGUGACAAGCUUGCUGGCAGCUGUUAUCAUUGGAAGCUGGUGCAACUUUCUGACUGUUGUGUACCUUGGUUUUGUUGGGGCCCACACACUGCCAGUGCUCUAUGAAAGAUAUGAGGGAAAACUAUCAAAUAUGACCUCCUACCAUAUCGAAUCCGUCGAUUAAGCCCUCAUACUUAGAAAGCACUCAAUUGAACCCUUCAACUCAUGGAAAAAAGUCAAUUGGCAUUACUAGCCGGUUGUUUCCGAGUUUCCGGUUUCAAUUUCACACGUGUCAAGUGUGUGGAAUUUUAAUUUUAUUUUCCUCAUUUAUCC